AAAKGACCAGUUUGACAUUAUAAAAUUCCGAUUAGAUUGGUUUUUAGGUGUUUUAGAAAGGUAUUGUUACAUAAGACCAGAAAAUAAUGAUACAAUAUAUGUUAUUGUCGUUAAGCUCCAAGAAGUGAAGAACAUCAUGUUACAACUAGAUAGAGACAUCCACUUAGGAUACAGUGCCGACAAAGUUUUUUCUGGCUAUCGUGGAAGGCCAAGUUUCGAUAUCCCAAAAGAGCAACUUGAACUGUUUUUAGAAUAUAACUUUUCAGUGCCCCAAAUAUCUGAAAUGAUUGGAGUGAGCAAGAGCACAGUAAAGAGAAGACUACAAGAUUAUGGCUUGUCAGUAUCUCAAACCUACUCCUCCAUUAGCAGUGCAGAAUUAGAUCAAGUAACACAACACUUAGUAUCAGAMUUUCCUAAUUGUGGCUACAGAAGAAUGACUGGUUUACUGAGAGCCAGAGGUAUAAAUGUACAGCAGUUUCGUGUGAGAGAGUCGAUGCGAAGAUCUGAUCCUGAAGGUGUGUUGCUACGAGCUCUACAGUUAACACCGAUUUCCAGGAGAGUUUAUAAGGUUAAGUGUCCUCUCGCACUCUGGCACAUAGACKGUCAUCAUAAAAUGAUAAGGUGGAGAUUUGUCAUACAUGGYGGUAUYGAUGGUUACUCCAGGAAGAUAAUGUACCUCAAGUGCAGUACAAAUAAUGAGGCUCAAACAGUGAUGGAUAUUUUCAUGGAAUCUGUUGCCAAAUAUGGGUUGCCUUCUAGAGUGAGAGCAGAUCAGGGUGGGGAAAAUGUUGCUGUAGCUCGAUUUAUGUACACCCAUCCAGAAAGGGGACCAGACAGAGGGUCAUUCAUGACCGGAAAAAGUGUGCAUAAUCAGCGCAUCGAAAGGCUCUGGGAAGACGUCUAUGUUUGCUGUGUCUACACAUUCAUUUGUUUGUUUKAGUUUUUGGAAAAUGAGGGUUUUCUAGACAUUGACAAUGAUAUUCAUAUGUUUUGUCUGCAUUAUGUCUUCACACCUAGAAUCAAUGAAUGCUUGGAGCAGUUUGUCAAGGGAUGGGAUAAUCACCCCAUAGAAGGCACUGGGAAUUUAACUCCAAACCAACAUUGGAUAAAGGGUUUGUUUAGUAUUGCACAGGAUGAUGGGACAAUUGCAAAUGAGAUCUGGCAUAAUCCAAAUGAUCAGAUGGAACAAGAAAGCUACAGAAUUGACCUAGACAGUAUUGUAUCAGAUUUAAAUGAAUACAGUGUCACAGUACCUUCUACUGAAUGCCCGCUGAGUGAAGCAGCUUACGAUGAACUAAGACAGUCUAUCAACCCAAAGCAACCAAGUCUUAACAAAGGGAUUGAUAUAUAUCUGAAUACAGCUGCCUUUGUCAUGAAUCAUGUUCUCUAAAAAAAUGUUUGUUUCUUUUAUAAAAAUCUACCAUCUUGAUUUUUUAUGAGAUAUUUUAUGAAAUCUGAUACAGAGGGCAACACUUGAUGGUUAAAACAAUGAAMACACAAGCAACCAUAAAUUAAAAGGGUCAACUGUUUCUUAUUUUUGAUAACAAUAACACAGUUUUAUAACUGACAUUCAUUAUUAACGUAACCAGUGUUCAUUUAAAUCACUACAGCAUUUUGAGMUCAAUAACAGUUGUUUUUGGUGUUGAAUGCCAAAGGUUAUCUGCAAUGUAUUCCUACACAURACAUGAACAAGUUUAUAACUUGAACSAGGAGUUUGUAUAAAAGGGUCCWUGUUGAUUAUACUGUCUAAUUUUAUAUCAAUGUUCUAAUUUCUAUCAGAAAUGUGCAGAKUUUUUGCUGUAACUAUAACUAUCAGGUACAUCAUCAACCAAGAGACUGUUGUUACUAUUUUUUAACAAUGUUUACCUUUUCAAUAAAGCGAAAGGCAGCCAAGUGAAA